UGUGAUGUAAAGAUGUAGUAAUAAUAUAGGUGUUAAAUGCUUAUGAGGUUCCAAUAGUAUAUAAUGUGAUAUAUAUAAUAUAGUAAGAUAAUCGAAUGUUUGAUAAAAUCAGUUGGGGUGGCAGAGGUGGUACCCCGGAAUAGCAGCAAUGCAUUGUUUGUUUAGCCCUGUUGUUUUUUCUUGAUUCUCCCAUUUCUUUUGUUUCUUUCUACUCUGUCCAAACUGUCUGAAAUCUGUUUCCUCUCUGUCUCAUUAAAUCGUGAAAUCUGCAUCUAAUCUCUUCUUACCAGAACCAUUGAGGUUGAUUUGAUCCCUCUUUUCUCAUCGGAUAAUAUGUUUCUUUUGCCUAUCUUCCAUCUUCUUUGAUCUGCUCUUCAAAUGGUUCUGAUUUGACCACACACUUCUGUGGGACGAAAAGAUAAGGGGAAGGAUCGCAUUCCUGAAGUGGGUUUCCAGACAUUUAAGUGGAGACAAUGCUGAUGUACUAGAUGAAGCUUCUAAUCUGCUGUCUGGAAAGUCAAGGGCUGUUCAAUAAUGUGGUACAAUGUUAUGAGCCACAAUUUUCUGGAUGGGAAAUCAUCUAAGAUCUUCUACAUUAGAUUCAUGAACUGGGAUUCACGGAGAAAUUAUUCGUGCCGAGUGUUUUAAUACAUGACUUUUGUUUUCACUUCAAAUUACACAUUGGACAGAAAAGGAUUUCUCUUCCCAAUUCUAAAGGGAGAUUCCUUUGUGAGAUUGAAUAAAGACUAGCAUUAGACAACUUGAACAUAUUGGAUAUUCAACAGUUCAUCAUAUUGUUCUGGCUAAGGUGCCGUUAGCUGGAAUAGAAAACAUUUUUAACUGCACCAGUUGCUAAUAGGGAAGCUGCUCUUUAGGGUGGAGUAGCACUAAAUUGGCUCGUUUUCAUCUUUUACAUCCACAAACAUUAUCCUAAAUUCCUGCCUUCAUUUUUAUUCUCAUAUACCUUACCUACCUUGCAAGCCUCCUCCGAGGCCUUUAUCCUCGCAUAUCUACCAGUGGUGUUUAGCUUUCACGAGUAUAUAUACAUCAGCAAAAUAUGAUGAUGUAUUUGUGACACUGAAAGAGUGAAAGAUGGCCUUCCAAACAGAGGAGGAACAAACUGAAGAUUACCUUUUCAAGAUUGUUAUGAUUGGUGAUGCUGCUGUUGGUAAAUCCAACUUGCUUGCUAGAUUUGCUAGAGACGAGUUUUACCCUAAUUCAAAAUCUACUAUAGGAGUAGAAUUUCAAACGCAGAAGAUGGAAAUCAGUGGUAAGGAAGUUAAGGCUCAGAUCUGGGACACAGCUGGUCAGGAGCGGUUUAGGGCCGUUACGUCUGCAUAUUAUAGAGGUGCAGUCGGCGCUCUUCUGGUCUAUGACAUAAGCCGGCGCCAGACCUUUGAAGGCACUGGCAGAUGGCUGAAUGAGCUUCAGACUCAUUCAGACAUGAAUGUAGUAACGAUAUUGGUAGGCAACAAGUCUGAUCUCAAAGAUGCACGGGAGGUGACAACUGCAGAAGGCAAGGCCUUGGCAGAGGCACAGGGUCUGUUUUUCAUUGAAACUUCAGCUCUAGAUUCGUCCAACGUUUCUGCUGCGUUUCAGACAGUGGUGAAAGAGAUCUACAACAUUUUAAGCAGGAAAGUUAUGCAAUCUCAAGAACUCACGGUUGAGAACCCUCCUGACCUUAAUGGGAAAACGGUAGUUUUACAGGCUGACGAGAACCCUAAAACAGAUGAACAGAGUGCAAAAGGUGGGUGCUGUUGAUCAUGAUUGGCUCCCUAUGGAAUGCCUUGUCUUGAUUUUGAUUUCUGAAAUCUAUUUUCCCAUAUAAUGUUCGGAAAGUGAUUCCAUUUACUGUAAUGUUACAAAACUGUAGCUUUUGCAUAUUUCUUUAGUUUCUUGGAAUAUAAAGAAUCUGUAUUUUCUGUA